GCCAAGCUGGAGAAGAGCUGCAGCUGGAGCGAGUGCCAGAAACUGCUUUGGCAGGAGAGGAACGCCGUCCCUGGGCUGUGCCCCUCGCUGUUUCCCAAGAGCCCCGUGGUAAUCAAUCACUGCAGCUCCAGGAGAUUGCUCUGCCUGUCUCUUGCCUUUGUGCAACGAGCAAGGCUGGCAGGGCUCUGCAGUGUAAAAGCUGCCCCAAGGAACCAGAUGGGCUGGAGGAACGGGCACUGGAGACCUUGCCAAAUCCAGCCAAGAUGGGGUAGGAAGUGAGAAUAGAUGGGAACAGCGGAAACCAGGGCAGGGGAUACUGGGAAGAUGGCAGAGGGGUGUCUGGGUUGAAGGUGAGCCUGAGGAAAGGGGAGGACAGGGCUUUCCCUCAGCCCAUGCUUCUCUUCUGUUUCUCGAAACAUGACCAAGGGAUGUCAUGGUGCCAGGGAUGGGGGAAAUAUCCAGCUUGCUGCAAUUUCCCCAGUUGUGGGUGCUUGGCCACAACAGGGAAGAAGGUCUAAAAAGGGAAAGGGGGAAAAGCAGAGCCCAAACGGCGCAUGUUUGGAGUGGCAGUUCCUCCCAUUCCUUCCUGCUGGCGAGGACACUUUGCCUCACAGAAUGACAGGACAGGGGAGGGGGAGAAGGGGCCUGUGGACAGGAGCUCUCACAGCCAGGUCACACAGAAGGGGUCCCACAGGGCUGUCCAAAGGGCCUCCAGGUGAGCCCCCCUCCCCCAGGUGUGGUGGGCAGUUUCCAUGUGACACAAUGUCAGCAAGGUGGUGUGACAAUGCGGUGAUGUGACAUCACCAUGAUGUAACAAUGCCCCAUCACUGUGAGACCUCUGGAGCACGAGGAGUCAGCGUGGGACCACAGCACCACGAGAGCUCUUGGAAGGAGCUGUGAAGCUCCAUCUCACUGCUGGUGUCCUGCCAAAAGGCAGAGGCACUGCUGAGUGCCUGGGAAUUAGGGGGAGGAGAGCAGUGGGCUGAUUGAGAGAGCUCAAUUGGUGAGGCUGGGGCUUGGGGGUCUGCUCUAGAGCCUCAGGACCCUCAACUCUUUCUCUUGCACCUGCUGUGCAGGAGGCUUAUUGAGCUACUGCCUGGGUGUCUGUGUCUUCCCAGCUCAGCCCCAGAACUCCACACCUGGGAGACUGCAGCCACCAGGCUGAUGGAUUCUUACCUGCUGGACCUCCCACUCGGAGUCAAGAUCCCCGUGAAGCCCAAGUCCAACACUGUCUUCUGCAGGGGAAAGCUGGGGGAAAAGCUCUGCGGGCCAAGUCCUUUCAAUCUUGAUGAUCCCUACAUCCACCACACGAGCCUGCAAUACAACUGCCUGCAUGACCCCCACCUUCAGGACUACCACAAGCGCAAGGACAUCCUGCGGAUGCUGAAGAGACAGGGCGUCAUCACCAGUGACAACAAGGUGCUUUGCACUCCAAAGGAGUUCAACGAGUACAGGAACUAUCUAACCAGGAUCAAGCUGGAGGCAGAGAAGAUCUUGAGGCAGCAAGAGGAAAGCAAAGAGACCUCCCUGAAAUCAGGGAGAUUGAGAAGAGGGAAAAUAGCUUUGGACAAGGGCCAAACCUACUCCAGAGCUGAGCUGGGCGUUGCUGCUGACUCCCAGAGGAAGCCAAACAACACUGCUGGUUUCUUGAAUGCUGUCUUUGAGCAGCUGACUGCAGCAGAAGCCCAGAAGCUCCAAGAGUUGGUUGAGACUGUUAUGCACGAAGUCUUUGGGAGGCUCAGGCUCCCUCGGGAACACUAUGUCAACUUUUUAAGGAGCGUUGCUCGGAGGAUCAGAGGAAUAGUUUUUAGUGGCUGUAUGAGAACCGAGACAUCUCUAGAUCGCUGUCAAGAAAUGGAAAUGGUGGCCAAGGAGCUUGUAGUGAAAGCGUUGGAGAUCUUGGGGAAUCGUCUGGAGUCCAAAUCUUCCGUGCCAGGGAAGGCAGAUAGGCAAAAGGAGCAGCCUCUUGAUGGAGGAGCCACCGAAGCAGACAAAUCCAAAGAAGCUGAAACAGACAGAGCACUUUUAUAUGCUUGCCUUGACAAUCUCACCAGAGAAGUUGUUAAGAAUGUUCGUUGCCUCUUGAAAUCCAUGAUAGCUUCCCAGUUUGAAGGAGACUCCAGCUACGAGUACACUGAAAUCCUGAAGCUUCCCAAGGCUAUGGUUUCCAGCAGACAGAGGCAGCCAGGAUUCCCUGGAGCAUCUGAAGAACAGAGCCAGAAUGCGAGCACAGGAGUAAAGCUGCCUCCCUUAGGACCACACCUCCAUGCAGAAAGGACUGGCUAUGCCAAAACCAUGGAGCCUAAGUAUCCUGCAAUGGCGAAGGAGAGCUUGGUGAGAAAAAGGAAUCCAGCAACCUCAGGCAAAGCUUUGGACAUAAGGACCAUGGCAAAUCGGAUCGCUAAGUCUCUAUUGGACCAGAUUGGUCAGGAUGGGCCUACACCAACCCCCAGACAGAAUCUUCAAGGACCUGUCCCAAAUCCAGCCACAUCCCAAGGUGGAGAGGAGAGCUGUGCUGUUGAGAACACUCUCCCCUCCAUAGACCCAAAGUUUUCCCAACAGCCUGUCCCUUCGGAGGGUCCGAAGGCCCCUGCCCAGGCCGGAGCAUAGUGCAGAUCAGUGCACCCAAAGUUCGUCUGAGGUGUGAAAGGGGUGUGGCAGGAGAGCUGUAGGGUUUGCUUCUAG